AUGGCCUCAGGGCCAAGUGUGCUGGAGGGUAACCGGUUCGCUGAGCUUAAUCAGCUUACCAGCCCUCUUAAAAAAAGACAAAAAAAAUCAAUAAACCCAAGUUCAGUUCUCAGUUUUGACAUCCCAUCCCAUUCUAACUCCAAAAACCCCAAAUUUAUAAUAAUAACCCCAACAGAUCCCAAACAACCGCUAACAUCUGUUAGUGUCUUCCUUUUAAAAAAAGCUAUUGACGCCAUAAGUACAUCUUACGAGUAUAUCACUCAGCUUCGUGAUGGCAACCUGCUUAUACUCGUAAAAUCCCAACAAGUUGCUAACCUUUUCCUUUCAAAAAAAAAUCUAUCAAACCUAUGCCCAGUUUCUAUUUCCCUGCAUAGUCAUUUAAAUUCUUCCAAAGGCACUGUUUUCGCACCCUGCCUAAAUAAUUUGCCCGAAAAAGAAAUCGUUGAAGAGAUGAGUGACCAAGGCGUCACAGAAGUCUAUAAAUUUAAAAAAACUGAAAAAAGAAUAAUUGAAGGCAAAGAACAAAAUGUCGAAAUUCCCUCUGGGCUAGUGCUCUUCACUUUUGAUCUCUUCCGUCCCCCUACAUCUCUUGAUGUAGGCUGGUACAAACUCAAAGUGGAAGAAUACUUCCCAAACCCUAUGCGAUGCAAAAAAUGCCAGCUCCUAGGUCACACGAUGAAAAGGUGCACUCGUACUGCGACAUGCGUCACUUGUAACCUCCCACCUCACCCUUCAGAAAAUUGCACACGUACUUUUUGUGCUAACUGUGCAGAUAACCACCCAGCAUCAUCAAAAAAUUGCCAACGAUUCAUCCAAGCAAAAGAAAUUCUCAAAAUAAAGACAUUAAAAAAAUGCAGCUUGGCUGAAGCGAAACAAAUCUACGAUAAACAGAAUCCAACUCCCUCGCCUGCCUUAUCCUACUCCUCCAUAACAGCUAACGGAACACAACCGAUCCCAUCAAGCUCAUCAAACCUAUCUCCCUCAACAUCCUCCCUUGCCCCUACUCAAACAAAAUCAAUAAAUACCAAACAAGAAAAAAGAGAUAAAUCCUCUCUUCUAAAUAAAUCAAUAAAUAAAACAGAAAAACCAAGUGAAAUCCCUCCCACAUCUUCGGAAUAUAAUUCUAAGCAUACCACAAAACCAACCUCAAGCAUACCAUCUUCUCUCCCUACUCCGUCAUUACCAUCUAGAUCGAAAACAUUAUCAAAUGAUAACUCUCGGUUAUCAGUCACACAAAGCACUUCCAAAAAUACCGACUCACUCAUUUCAAAUCUAAACUCCCACUCAAAUGUAAAUAAUGCUUCAAACAUCUUCUCAAUAAAUAGUGUAGAAACAAACACACUCUCUUCAAACUUUAAUUCACACUCAAACCUAUCCUCACAACUCAACUUACCAAACCCAAUUAAACUUCCAAACAACACUUCAAACCAACAAUUAAUCACAAACAAAACAAUGCACUCAACUGAAACAGCUUCACCGAUGUCCAUCGAUCACAUCAGUCAGCAUUACGACAAAAUUUCAGAAAAUGACGACGAUGAUGAUGGAGACAUCUAA